CAUAAUCAGUCGUUGUUCGGACUCCGUUACGGUUACUUGGAUUUCGAUACGGUCACGAAUGAAUUCUUCGAGUGAGUCGCAUCCCUACGCGUGUACGAUUCCCAAAACGUGUUCGUGUCAUUCUUAAAUACGUUUUUUCGUAAAUAUAACAACAAUCACGUGAUCCUGGAAGAGUGAAAUAGGUAUUUUGGAUUAUCGUCGGACUUUCGUUGCAAUGAAAUUCACGGUUACAAAGCAGUGAUAGUCAGAGACAUUGAAACACUAGUGACGUAUAUUCUGAUAUUCUUAUUCGUAUUCGGUUCGUAAUACUAUUACUAUCUACCGAUAAAAAAUGAGAGGUGAACUUCAUAGAUGAACUGUAUCUGACACGGAAACGGUGUGUGUGUGCGCACGCGCGUGCACCUGCGGCCAACGAUGGACAAGCGUGACGCGAAGACGCGGUUGGUGUACGCGCUGUUGUUCGUGAUCGUGUUUUGCGGCGAACAAAUCACCGCCAAUUUCAGUCCCCCCAGUGGUGGAGUACAGGCUGACAACGACGACGUUAGUGACGGUGGUUCGCCAGUGGCGGUAGUUGACUUCGGUGCGGCGGCGGCGGACAGUGGCAGGAAGCAGAGGAGAGUGCACCACCACAAACGCCAUUUGUCGAGAUCUUCAUCGGCGGUCGACUAUGCCCCAGGGAACGCACUGAUUAACGAGCUCGGAAAUCCGGACAACAUGUUCGUCACCGAAAACGGCACCGUUGUCACGUCACAGAUCGGCGGCACCGCAAUUCUGCCAUGCGCCACCGUCAAGCCCGGCACGGCCACGGUGUCUUGGAUGAGACGGAUAGAUUAUACAAUUUUAACAAUAGGAACGAGAAGUUAUAGCAGUGACAAAAGGUUUUACGUAGACCACACCAGACAUCUAAAGACGUGGAAUUUAGAAAUAACACCAGUGGAAGCAUCAGACGCGGGUUUAUACGAAUGCCGUAUAGCUACACAUCCAACUACCAGCAAUUUUGUAAAUUUAAAAGUCACAGAGGCCAGGGCGGAAAUCCUCGGUUCACCGGACCUGUACAUCAUGAGCGGCAGCAGCUUAAGACUGGUGUGCCGGCUACAGGGGUCAACACAAGCCCCGCUGUUCGUGUUCUGGUAUCAUUCCGAUCGGAUGAUCAAUUUUGACACGGAUCGGGGCCUGGUCGUGCACAUCAACAGCACGGAAAGCGACCUGAUUAUGCCGUACACAAACACGUCGGACAGCGGCAAUUACACAUGUCAACCGCAAAACAUAUCGCCGGCCACGAUUCACGUGCACGUGCUCCAAUCUGAAGUACCGGCGGCCAUGCAACACGGGGUCCGUAGCUCGACUUCAGGGUCAUUCGCCAUCUCCAAUUGCGCUAUGUUUACAAUAAUCUAUAUGCUUUUGCAAAUGUUAAGCUAAAAUGUACUGGACAUUUGUGGGUCUUAACUAAUAUUAUAUAAUAAUUUUCCAUCAUACUAAUAAUAAUUAUACAUUAUGUCUUCAAUGUAAAUAGGUAAUAUAAUAAUUACGAUGUAUUAUAAGUUAUAAUAUUAUAAUGACAUCUUUAUCAUAUUAUAUUAACCGAUGUGUAUAAAUCUAUAAUCAAACAAAUACAGUAAAAAAUGGAAAUAUUUAAUAACCAGUUUGUUUACGUAAGUUUUUAACAUUUUAUUUUGUACAGGCAAGUGUGAAAUGUAGCUUUUUAAAUGUUUAAAUUAAACUGUUCGUGUUAUUAAAUGUGAAAGAAUUAAUAAUAUUUAUGUUAAUUGAAGUUUUGUGAACUAUUUGUUUCAAUAAACUCCAAAAUAAUGUUUAUUAAAUUUUAACUAAAGCAACGAAAAAAUAAUUUUAUCUAUCAAUUAAUAUUAUAAUAUCGUAGUCGUAAUAUAUUAUUAUUUAAUACUAAUAUAGUAAUAUGUAAUACUAUUUACAUGCCAUAAAUACGUACGUAAUCAUAUCAAAUAGUUAUUUGAAAAUUAUCAAAGGAAUAAUAUCCAACAGGUGUAGUAAAAUACUUAAAAAUUGAACAAAAAUUGACACAAUUAUUUUACAUAAUUAUUAAUUAUAUUUGAACUUGAAAAAUAAGUUUCAAUUUUUAGAAAUCUAAUGAAUAAAAACAAUUUUUUAUUUAUUGACUAAGAUACUUCAUAAUAUUGUAAAUUAAAAAUAUUAAUUUCGUAGUAUGAAAAAAACGGAUUUUAGAUUUAUAAGCAGUAUUAAUGAUCAGACUAUAUUCUCUAUACCUAAGUGUAAAAAAAAAUAUCCAGUUCACAUAGAUUCGAAACAUUAUCGUUAAAACGUCCAAUGUUAAGUUUAUUAUAUACUAUAUCACAACUUAAAAGUUAAAACUAUUAUUAAUCAUAACCAUGAAACUUCAACUAACAUUUAACUGAAGUAAAUAAUUUAACGUAAUGGUAAGGCUGUACGUAUAAUAUUAUUAAUAUUAUGUUUUUAGUUUCAUGACGAAAGAUUUCGAAAUUGUUUUGUUUCAAUAGAAGUUCUUAACUGGAGGCUAACAAUAAUAUUCAGCAUACCAAACAAAUGUAAUAUAGUUUACUGUCUUAAAAUUAUUCGAAGGUUUGUAUUUCAAGAUAUCCAUAAUAUAUAAACAAUGUUUACCAAUUUUUGGUUCGUUGGCUGUGGUUUUAAUUAAACCAUUAUGCUUCAAGUAUCAAAUAUCCAAGGCUGGGCAAGUUAAUGAUUUUUUUUAACUUAGUUAAGUUGAGUUAAUAUGCACCAAUAACAAAAAGUUAAAAGUUAAUAGUUAAUUUAACUCUAGGUUAACUCAGUUAAGUUAAAAGUUAAUACACACUUUUUGCUAACUUUUUAUUAAGUUAAAAAAAAGUUAAUUUGUUUAUACAAUGCUAGCGUACUUAAUUUUUUUCCAACUCAAAACUAAAUUAUAGGAUAUAGACUGUUAAUACUUCAUACAGUAUUUCCAUAUAAGUUAGAUUCGAAUGAUAUAAAUUUUUAACUUACAACAAUUUACGAUACAUAUUUUUGACAUGAAAACGAAAUAGACUGAAAUAGUGAAAUAUUAUAAAAUUAAAAACAAAAUAAAUUAACUUAACUUACUUCUUAAAAUGAAAAAUUAACUCAUUAAUUUCACGUUAAUUAAGAAAGAAAUUUAGUAAGUUAACAGUUAAGUUAAUGAAAAGCCAAAAGUAACUAAUUAAGUUAAAAAGUUAAAAUAAAAUUAACUUUUUAACUCGUUAAUGCCCAGCCUUUUAAAUAUCCGAUGUACUUCACACAUUUACGAGAAUUAUUAUUAUACGUCUAUUAUCUAAACAUAUUAAUACUAUUAUUAGUAUCCACCCCAAAAAUAUUGCAUCUACAAAAAAUUAUUUGAACUAGUCAUAUUUGUUCUUCAGUUUUAAAUUAAUAAAUCUGAAAUAUUUUAUUUGAAAUUCGCAUGGUUACAAUAACUAAAUGUAUUAUUAAUUAUUAUAAUUUAUGAAUUUUUUGUAGGAUUCGACAACAAUUGUACAGCAGCUAGUUAAUGUAGUUUGUACGUAUUUUACAUUUCAUAAACUAUUAUUUUGCCUGUACCAUGCAUAUUUUACACUGAUUUAUAAAGUACACUCUGCGUUGUAUAUUUAAAUUGAUCAUCACACAAGUCUCGAAAAAUAUGUAGUUAUCAAUGUAAGUUUUUUUUUUCAUUAAUUAAAUAUUUAACGUUAUUGACAACGGAAUUAUUUUAUUUAUAUGACGGUGUUUUGAGACCACAUGUAUUAUGCUUGCAUGGAUGUGUUUUGAUAUUUUCUUUCUAAAAAAAUAGAUGACUAGUUUUUAAAAAAAUAUUCAAUAUUAUACGACUUUUUGCGUGUCUAUGUAUAAAUGAUUAAAUUAUAUAUUACAUAUUACGUUCUCCAGUCAGUUCUCUAGUAAAGCUUCAUUUAUAUAUCAUGUUGCAGGAUACGUAUUUAAUGAAUAAUGCACGUCAUGUUAUAAAAAGAGGGAGAAACCCGUAAAUAAGUAAACUUUAACGGUAGGAACGUUAUUCAAUUUACCAAUAGUCGAUAUAAAAUAAUAGUCUUGAGAAUAUUAAUACACUUCUCCGUUUUUUUUUUAGUAAAAAGGGUGUAGUAAGGUAAAAAAAAAUGCACACAUCACGGGCAUUAACUGUAAACUGAGUGUAUUUUUAUACAUGCGUUGAACCGAUUGGUUUAGAACUUAACCCAUCCUUUGAAAACCCUUUUUUUUUAAUGACUGGGAUCCAAGGUAAUUUUUUUUUUUUUUAACAUUAGAUAUUAUGUAGGUAACUACACACAGACAAAAAAAAUUAUUUAAAAACAUAAUACAAGCCAAUUGAAGUUAUUAUUCGAUUUUCUGGUAAUGAGACUCAACAUUCACAUGUAAUUUAUCUGUAUGCAUCAUUCACAACUUUAAUAAUUCCGUAAUUAUUAUUGUUAUUAUUAUUAUAACAUGACGAUACAAACUGACAAUGAAAAGAAAAGACAAUGACUGUUUUUUAUGAUUACUUACGUCGAAUAAUUUUCCGGGACAGUGUUCCGAUAUUUAUCGGAUACAAUAAGCGUACCUACACCUAGUACGCGUCUCUACAUGAAAACAUGUAAGUACUUUUAAACGAUAAAAGUACAAUGUAAUUAUUAAAUGUAACCAUAGUGUUUUUUUUUAUAAAAUAUAGGUACUGAAUAAUAAUUGUAUAAAAUAAUUAAAUUAUUUGUUUAUUUUAAUUUUUGUUUGUGUGGAAAACAAUAUGUACAGAUUCCAUUGUAAGUAUUAUGUGCAAAUAUUUUUUUUAAAUAUUACACUAUUGAGAAACAAUUCAUCAAUUGCUGAGUUUUAUUUUUUAUUAAUAAUUACCCAUAUAUACAUGAUUUAAAUACGCAUACACUCUAGUACGUUAAUAUAUUUAUGAAACAAUUUAUGUUAUGCAUGUGUUAUUAUUAAUACUUUUAAUAAAUUCAAUUUUGUUUCAUCAAUGUAAAAAAUAAUCUCGAUGAAAAACUUAAAAAUAUUAUUACCGCCUUGUGAUAUUGGUUAAAAAAAUAUUUUAGCAUAUCUGAUUAUACCUAAUAUAUACAUAUAAUAAAAACAUAGUGCCAUUUUGGCCAAUAUAAUCAUUAUAAUAAUUUAUUAUAAGCCUGGAAAUUUUGUACAUCGUGACUGUACGUUUUUAUUUUUGUGUAAAUUAUUACGAUUUUGUUGGAUUUUUGUUUAUAU